AUGUCCGGCCUCGAAGGGCUGAGCCUCGCCUGCAAUGUCAUGCAGCUUAUGGACUUCAGUCAGCAGACCGUCUCCAUGUGCCGCAGCAUAUACGAGAGCGGUAAAUUCGAACCUGGACUCGAAGCACAGGCGAGCUCUUUGCAAGAUGCCUCGUCGGAGGUAAUGACCCUGCUUCGGAGCAAAAGGGUCGCUACGGCAAAAACCACGGGCGCGGAACGGCGCCUGUUGGAUCUCGCACCCAAAUGCAUACAACACGCGAAGGAUCUCCAGGAAGAGAUUGCUUACCUCACGCCUCGUCAGCCGGGUAGAAUGCAAGCGUUGGUUGCAACCUCAAAGGCCGUUUGGCGGAAGCGCCGUCUGGAACGGCUCAAGGCCAACCUCGCCGACGGGCAGAAGCUCAUGGAGACAUUGAUCUUGGUCAGAAUAUUUGCAAGAGUGGAAAGAAUGUGCGAGACCGAUCCGACUUCCUUGGCGCGUAUAGAUCAGCGCCUUACAGCUUUCAUUUCGAGAUACUCCGAGGACCACUCUGCCCUUCGGAGAGUCGUGCGGGACGAAUCUGAGGAUGUUCGAGGUCACGUCACAGUAGAAGCCUCUAAAACCCGGGAUUCUGUUUCACUACACGUCACAGCCAGGCUCAAUGCCACGGAAAGAUCUAUCAAGCAAAUGGUAUCAACAUCAAACGCUAUCAUCCAGGACAAUCUGGUUCGGGAACUGGAGACGAUCAACGUAGCCGCAAGCAGCGAGCAAGAUUACCACCGCCUACUUCAGAGUUUGAAGUAUACCGAUAUGAAUGAACGGAAGAACAGUGUUAGGACAGCACAUUCGAAGACAUUCGAGUGGAUAUUGAAAGACAAUUAUCGGCGAAUAGACAAAUAUACAAUUGCAGGAAGCCAAUCAGAUGUGGUCGAGAUCGCAGACGUCGACCAGAACAUCAGAGACAACGUCGAGGAUAAUGGCAGUGAUGAAGCCACCAUCGUGGGUUCUGAGAAUGGCUCCCAAUCGGACAUCGAGGGGAAAGAUAGGGGCAGUGAAACCUCUUUUAAUGACUGCACCCAGGUCCCUCUGUGGGAUAACUUCGUUGAAUGGCUUCGGGGAAAUGACCGCAACUUGUACUGGGUCAGUGGCAAGCCCGGUUCCGGCAAAAGCACCUUGAUGAGGUUCAUCGAAACGAGCGAAGACACUCUUAAAAUCAUGGCAGAAGAGUAUUCAAACCCCCGGGUUCUGUCCCACUUCGUAUGGAAGCCAGGAAGACCUAUGCAAAGGAGUCUCAAGGGUGUUGUGUGCUCUCUCCUUUAUCAAGCCUUGGAAGCGGACAGACAGUCCUGCAACACCUUGCUAGCCAGAUUCCCACGGCUCCUCUACAAAGGCUCCGACACCGAUUGGACGUACGAGGAGUUGAAGUCAGUCCUGCUGAGCCUCCUCCGGAAUUGCUCGCAGAGAUAUCUGAUUCUAUUGGAUGGCCUCGACGAGAUGGCCUUUUCUGUUGAUGGCGAAGCUCCUUUAUUGUGCCUUUUGGAUGACCUAAUCACGAAUCAAUACGUCAAGCUCUGCGUAUCAAGUCGACCCGAGCCUGUGUUUCAAAGGUAUCUGAGCAAACACCCCAUGCUCAUGAUGCAAAGUCUAAACAUACUUGAUAUUCGAAAGUACGCGGAAGAUAGCUUGCAGAUGUUGAAAGUCGAAUCAGUCGAGUUGCUUGAUCAGCUCUCUCGGGAAGUUGUCUUGCGUUCAGAAGGUGUCUUCCUUUGGGUCGUCCUUGUACUCGAGAGCGUCAAAAGGGGACUCGCCAAUGGCGAUACUUUGGACAUUAUCUACAGUCGCAUUAGAUCCCUCCCGAGAGAUCUCAAGUUGCUGUACCUAGACAUGUGGUCUCGCUCCAAUGGGGACAGCAUCUACUACAAGCAGGAGGCAAUACUGUACUUCCAGCUUGUUAUGGAGACGAACAGGUAUUCCAAGCCAUCCAUUUGCAGCCUUCUCCAACUGGCAACUUCAUCGAACACGGCUUGGCUGGACAAUUUCGAAGCGCAAUCCAGUGUUCCAAGUAUCCACGACGUCAUGGUUCGCUGUAGGAAUGUUUUCCAAACAUUGUCCACGAGAUGUUUGGGCUUGCUGCAAGUCCAAACCAUGGAUCGCCAAGAGCUUGUGGACUUUCAAGAUGAUGAUCCUGGCUUUUGGUCAAACACCAGUGUUGGAUUUACCCAUCGUACAGCAGUCGAUUUCCUUGUUGACGACGAGGACGGCAGAAGGAUCCUAGAAGGCCACGCACUCAAGCCAGAUGAACUUUUCUCAAAACAAGUCAAGACCAUCUUAUUGACAGCUUGUUUCUUUAAGCCAGAAUAUCGGGUGGCAACGAAAAUGAUUAAUGCGCCUCACAGAGAGUUUUUCACAGGCCAGAUGUUCACAAGACUCUUCCUUCACAAGGAGGAUAGUAUUUCGGCUGCUACACUGCACAGUCUCUUGUCACUGGUGUACAGGCACGCUGAUGCCAUCAUACCACAUCCGCAGAAGCGUUUCAUAAGUUCUCAGCAAAAGUUUCUGGCUAUCGCCACCUACUUCGGCAUUUCUGAUUGGAUCACGGAACUUCUCGAGUCAAUUGAAGAAUCCGGCGGAGAAAUGCAGCUUUUCGUCUUGAGAACAGCUUGUGCGCCGUUCAGUACACACUUUCCGCAUAGGGAUCGUUUCGGUCCCGAUGAAAAAGCCCACCUGCCGAGACGGCUGAACGGAAAUGAGCACUGGAUUUCAGAAGUGGCAACUCGGCAGGACUUGAAACGGGAAACGUUGAUACGGGAGAUCCUAUUACGCUGUUCUCAGCCAACUAGCCAAGCAGAGGCUAAGUCUUUCCAAAACUCUGGCCCUCAACAUGACACCACAUACGGUGGCGUCUUGAACUCCUGGCGCUGCUUUUUGGUGCACAACCUUCAGGGAAUCGCCGAUGUUCAUUUCCUCCACAUGCCUGACACUGACAACAUGUGGGCUGAGAAAAUGCAAACCUUGCAAAGUUUUCUCUCGGCAGGUAUCUCACCCCAUGUUCGGCACCAAAAGUACGUCAUUUGCGUUGGUUUCCUUAGGGCUCUAGGCCUGUCGAAUCGCGCGGUUGUAACCCUACGUUCCCCCCGGUGGCUUCCCGGGGUGGAAUGUGACGUAUAUCUCGAAGUUAACGACGACUUUCUUCUGAGCUCCAUCCUGGAUAACAUGUCGAAACGCGGGGUACAAGAGCAUCCAAUAGCCAGGACAGACUUACAACCGUUCGUCAGAGUCGUUAUGUUUCGAACAUGGACGCGUUUCGCCUCCCAUAGCGCAAGUUCAUUCAAAAGAGCUUCGAACGUUGGUAACAGCGACAGUGCAGAACUCUUCGCGGAGAUCAUGUCCCAGGUGCCGGGACAGGAUUUGUCGAUCUAUGAGAGGCUCGUGGCCCAAGCUGAGUUCGUGCUGGACGGCGCCGAGGAUAUCGUAGACGGAUUGAAAGCUGCUGGCUACGAGCUUAAUGAGGUGGACACUACUUACGAGUGUUUGCACGAGAAAAUUCUCUGGUAG